UAUGGAAACAACAGAGAUAAGAACAGUCUGACAGGUAGGGGGGGGGUGAUUUUUGUUUUCCGCUGAGGUCGACAAUAAGAUGAUGAAUAUAAAGGCCGAUAUGUGGCCAUUUACAGAGCACAUCUCUUCGAACCUGUACAUCACUCCUCGGAUCAGCCAUCAAACCAUCUUUCACUCAAAAUCAUGGAGUCUGCCAUUAACGUGCUGGUUUCCCAGUUCAAAACUUAUGCUGGAAAGGAUGGCUCUGCAACUACUCUGAGCAAAGAAGAGUUUAAAAGUUUGCUCGGAUCCCAGCUCCCAAAUCUUGUAAAGAAUGCAUCUGACCCAGCAGUGGUUGAUCAGCUCAUGAGCUCACUGGAUGCCAAUAAUGAUGGAGAGCUGACGUUCCUGGAAUUCUGGCAGCUGAUUGGCAAUCUGGCAAACAAGCAUGGCGGUUUUUAGCCAACGAGCAACUGCAACUUCAUUUUUGAACCUACACAAUAGUACAAAUGUGUUAAGUUUUAUCUUCCUAGUUAAAGCACAGGUGGGACCAGUGUGUGCAGGUGGAUGACACCAAAUAAAGAAACCAUUGUAAUAU